AUGUGGACACUGGAAUAUCCCAGUGCUAGAACAAGAGAACAACUGUGCCAGCCGGUGCCACUGAGCGAGAACAAGGGGUUAAACUUCGACUCUUCCCAAGCAAAUUCGCCAGAUCCCGUCAGGAUCUGCGCUGCCUCGGGGAAAGAGAGAAGCAGGGAGGGAGGGAGAGGAGAGCCCUUGAGGCGGGCGCGGGGACGGGACGCGCCUCCCCCGCCUCGCUCCCUGAGGGGCGGCACCGCCAUCCCCCCACAGCCAUGUUGGGGGGGAGCAGCGGCGCAUCCCAUGGUGCAGCGCGCCGGGAGGGCGGGGAGAGAGGGACGGAGGGAGGGAGGGGAGGAGAAGGGAGGCGGCACUGCCCGCGCAGACCCUCCGGAGCCUUCUCCUCCUCUUCGUCCUCCUCCUCCUCCACCGCGGCUUCUCUUCGCCGCGGCGCCGGAGGCGGCCGUGCCCGCAGCGGGCCCCCGGCUCGGGGAGCGGCGGCGGCUCCGCAGGGAAAGGAAGAUCGUCCCUGGUGCCGCCCGUUCCUGUGUCCCCGGGGAGGGGCUGCCGCGGACACCGGAGCGCAGGAGGCACCGCGGUGUGGGUUGGGGGUCUCUGGGCAGAGCCGCUUCCCUCCCCGGGAAGGCAGAAUGGGAAGGGGAUGGAAGAGGAGGAGGCUGCGGGGAGAGGUCAUCUGGUGCCCCGCCUGCCCCGUCCCCCACCCUGGGGGAUCCGGCCGCCCCCUGCGCCCUGCCCACCCCGCAGCCCCGGCCGGUCCCACCGGAUGUGUCGGGAGGCGGCGAGGUGGAGCGGGACGGUCCGUAA